AUGUCGGGGCCGGGUCCAAGAAAUCAACUGCAAAACGAGGAAUUUAUUGAAGAUGAAUAUGGUGAACAACGCAGAAGCGGAGCGAAUCGACUGAGUCGAGAGAAGCGUGAGGCUGGACGGAAUUUCGCCCUCUCCGGAGGCUCUCAUGUCUUGGGCGCUGGCAGCUCCUCAUCGAUGAGGGAAGCGCGGCAGAAGAUGGUCCGAGGGUUGGAGGCAGACCCAAGGCACCGCAAAGCAGCGGAAAAGCGUCAAGCAGCAGAAGAUCAGAAGAAAGCACGCUUGCAAAAAGAAGAAGAGCGGCUCCAAGCCUUGAGACAACGGCAGCAAGAAGAGGCUGUUCAGAAUCAACAUGUGAAUGAUGCGAAGCGAUUGCGUUGGCAAGUCUGGGACAUGGAGAAUGCUCCGCCAGAGGCGUCGACACAAGUCAGCGAUCAUGAGCUUGUAGGCACGUGGUCUUCGCAGAAGACGGUCUACAAGAUCCGCAAUGCGAUGGGAGAUCUUCAAUUCAAUGGGCCUCCAUUGGAUCAGGGAGGUGAUUUGAAAGGUAUUUUGACAAGACAAGGACCAGCUGAGUGGAAGGCCGAAUUAUAUGAUUCUCUCAGAAACCAAGCGGUCGGCUUCAUGCGCUUCAGAUUGCAAGGGCAGGAGUUGGUGACCAGCUUUCAAAAGCUCACGUCCAACUCUUGGGGAAAAGAGAAGCGUUCCCAGAAGCAGCCGGCCGCAACCAAGCCGUGUGAUCAGACACGUGCACCCAUGAGGACCAAUUAUACCGAACAGCUGAUUGAUGACUCCGUAUGGCAAUGUCCACAAUGUACCUUAAUCAACGAAGAUCCUCUUUGUGCUGCAUGUGGCUACUUCAUUGCCGACAUGCAGUCCUCACAGAAUGUGGAUCAAGAUGGUAUGGCCGGUAUGGCUGCAGAGUCGGCAGAGUAUCGCUUAGAAGCUGAAAUUGAGACGAAAUUCUCGUGUUGGCUUCGAGAAAAUGGCCUGGAGGAGUAUGCAGAGAGGCUCGAAGAGCAUGGCUACAGCGAUUUGGACGACCUGCUGUCCGCUGAGCCCAGAGAUUUGGAGGAGAUGUUGAGACACAUCGAAGCCAAGCCAGGUCACAUCCUUCGCUUCAAGAAUUCCUUGCGUCGGACACGUGAGGGGCUGUCAUAA